AUGGCGUCCGCCCCCGGAAGCGACACCGCUUCUGUGAAAUCGACGCCUCGCGUCAAGACGCCGGACGGCCGCAAGGUAGGCUUCGCCAGGCCUUCUUUGAUCAUCCCUCCGCCUCAGGCUCAAAGGACCUACGGCCCCCACAGUGCCCAUACAGCUCACAUGACAGGGGUGCCGCUCACAGCAGCCAGCAUCGGGCCUCAGCACGGCAUGUACGGACGGAAAGCCUCCAUGUUCGUCUUCGAUCAAAUCCACGGACUCAAGGACUUUACGAUGGCGACGGCCAAGUCCGGACUUGGCAUCGGCGAGAAGUGCUCGUAUUGGGUUUACAAUAAGAUCAGCGCGUGGAGUCGGAAGUGGUUUACGCAUUUUUUCUUGUCUAUAGUGUUGGUGUUGUAUACUAUUUGCGGGGCUCUUACUUUCAUUUAUAUAGAAGGUAAGUUCAAGAUAGCAUCUUAG